AUGUUACUUCCUCAGCAGCGAUCAGUGCAUCUAUACAGAAUAUGUAGCCCUCUUAUCCAUUCCAGUUACCUUGUUCUGUUACUAUUAUGCAUACCCUGGACCAGCAGCAGGGUCUACCUAUCCCCAUUUUUCUUUCUGUGUAAUUACCACGGAAACACUCAGGACUAUGGACUUAAUAAAGGAGAAGUUGUUAUCAGUGUCCAGGUUGAAGGGAACCCACAAGCUUAUAUCCCAGGAAACUUCUAUCAAAUCAGCAUCUCAUCCAGUGAGCACUUUGACAGCUUCCUGAUGACAGGUCUGUACACAACAACAGCCAACACACAGUCAUCACUCACUGGUCAGUUUGGGAUCCCUGUCACUACAGGCGGCCAGAAUUUGAUGUGUUCUAUAACAUUGACAUUUGUAUGGAGUGCCCCUCCAAGUGGCACUGGCUGUGUCAACUUCCUUGCCACAGCUACUCAUGGGCAACAACUACUGUUCAAGGACACGACUGUCUUACAGUUAUGUGAACAAGGAGCCAUCAGUGCAUUACCUAGGCCACUCCUGGCUGAAGUCAAUUCUGACUCUGUACUAAUGAGAGAUGAUUUUGAGACCAGUGAUUUUAAUCCUCAGAUAUGGCAAACAGUUGAUGGUGGACAUAUAGGAGACGAAUGUGGAACUGUUGUCUACGGACAGUCUGCUGUACUUUGUGAUUCUGCAGGUGCCAUUAGAGAUUUAGUAAGCAAACAAUUCUGCUUUCCUAUUGUCCUGUAUAUUUUCAGCAUAAAAAGGCGACAUUUGUUGUAA